AUGGGAGAGAGAGUAAAGGAAAAACACCAACCUCCUUCUUUCUCUCUUCAACACAAACAAAAGUCACCAUGUCUCACACAACCCGAAACCUACUACUACUACGUCCCCCGCGAAGUCGAACCUUCAGCUUACGCCUGGGUCCAGCCCACCAUCAUCGAGGAUGAGGAUCUCACCUUUGGCGGAAAGUCGCUGAGCGCUUGGUACGAGGAGGAUCGUCGCCGCCACAGCAGCGGCAGCAACAGCAGCGACGAGGAAGAGCGCCGCGGUCGAGAGCGCGUGCGAAGAAACUACUCUCGCUCUAGCAAGUCGCACAAGAAGUAA